CUGGCUGAUCAUUGUGCCGACAGAUAAAGAAGGACAUUGGAUACUUUGAGCAGCUGUUCCCUGUACUGGGUUCGAUGCAACAGCUGUCCUCUAUCGUCCUCACUCAAGCACUCUGUGCCUAUAAGAAUUGGGACUUUGCGGAGAAUACCUUUGCCGCCACAAUAUCGGCCCUCCUUUCCCUCGCUCCCGCAGAGCAUCGCUCGUCCACCGCUUCCAUACGCAAGGCCCGCCUAAAUUUCGUCAUUGAGCGUCUGUCUCCUAUUGAGGACAUCCCUGCUAUGCUAGAGGAGUUGCCAUGGCAUGAGCUAGACAGAGUCGUCGAGGCCCUCGGAUGGGUCGCAUCAAACUCCAAGAAAGUAGCGGCACAUUCGUCCUCAUCGGAAGACUACAGCAUCGAAGUGCAUAUAACGGUUGCGGGCAAAGACCUGCCGAACGUGACCUUCAUCCAGGCGCAAGACGUGAUCCGGAGCACGCUGAGUCCACGCACCAAAAAGUUACUGAGGAUAUUAUCGUCGAAAUAUACCGGAUCAUCUGGCUGUUCGGUGCGUGAUUCCUCUUAGU